CAGGGGGAUUUAAUGGUGGGGAGAAGGACACACGUGAGCCAUUCAUGUUGCUUCUCCAACUCUUUAUCUCUUCCCGCCGCUUCCUUCCAUGGAGGGUAGGAAACAAUUUCUCCACCACAGUAGCUCGUCGCUGUCCACUGGUAGUCAGCGGCCGCCACCGCGUGGGAGCAUCGGAGGGCUGCUCUCGCCGGAGCCGCUCACUGCGUCGGAGCGGGACGCACCACCAGGCCAUGUGUGGAAGCGGAAUCAUCCGUGACCAUCCCUCUGCCCGAGUUCGCGGCGGCCGCCGUCUCUGAUUCCGGUGUGGUUAAUAUCGACUGCUCGCCAUGUCCAUGGUUCCUCACACCAUGCUGCGCCCGUUCGGCGUAAACCCGUGCGCCGCGGGUGGCCAUCUCAGACGGCAUCAUGCCCGGCUGUGCCUCCACCGUGCGAGCUCGGUCGAUGCGACGACCGUGAAUUUGCCGGGCGGUAGCAGCAGCAACAGGAGGAGGAAGAAGCAGGCCGCGGAGGAGUCGCGGCUGGAGGUUCUUUAUGACGACGGGUUCGGGAGCGUCACCAUGAAGGACUACUGGGAGGCGGUGAGGGCCAUGCCCAAGGACGACGGCGGGCCGCCGCGGUGGUUCUGCCCAGUGGAGUGCGGCCGGCCGGAGGUGGACAGGGCGCCGCUGCUGCUUUUCUUGCCAGGAACCGAUGGUGUUGGAAUGGAGCUCAUUUUGCACCACCAAUCUUUGGGCAAACUAUUUGAGGUUUGCUGCUUCCAUAUACCAGUAAAUGACCGUACACCAUUUGAAGGGUUGUUACAAAUUGUGGAAGAAUAUGUCAAAUAUGAGAGUGCUUUGUCACCAAGCAGACCAAUAUAUAUUGUUGGAGAUUCUUUUGGUGGAUGUCUCGCAAUUUCAGUUGCAGCUCGCAAUCCAGAAAUCGAUUUGGUUCUUACACUAGUAAAUCCAGCAACAUCAUCAGCAAAAACUUCGUUGCAGGCAGUAUUGCCUCUUUUGGAAACGAUGCCAAGCAACCUCCCAGUUGUCCAGCCCCACCUUCUCAGAUAUUUAAUUGGUAACCCUCUUAAUGGGGCUAUGGUUAGUGUUCAGAAUGGUCUUUCCCCUCAAGAAACUCUACAAGAGUUUUCAAACAGUCUCGCUUCAAUGCUACCUUUAGUUUCAGAACUAGGAGAUAUAAUACAAAUGGGCACUCUCGUGUGGAAACUUAAGCUUCUCAAGUCAGGUGCAAACUAUGCCAACUCUCAACUUCAUGCGGUACAAGCAGAAGUACUACUUCUUGCAAGUGGCAUUGCGAAUCUGCCGCCAAGUGGAGAAGCAGACCGCCUGUUUAAGACACUGAAAAAUUCUAAACUUCGAUACUUUAGGAACCGGGGUGAUAGACUACUCAUGGAGGAUGGCUUCAAUUUGCUAACUGUCAUUAAAGGAGUAAACAUGUACCGUCGUGGUAGACAACGGGACUUCGUGAACGAUUUCCUCUCACCUACAUUAAGUGAAUUCAAGAAAACAUUUGGUGAAGAUUUCAAACUGUUUAAUCAGGUAUUGAGCCCAGUUAUGCUCUCUACAUUGAAAAAUGGAAAUAUUGUUCGUGGCCUUGCCGGUGUUCCUGACAAAGGUCCUGUCUUGUUUGUGGGCUAUCACCAACUCUUAGCCAUGGAGGUGCCUGCACUAGUUGAAGCGUUCCUGAGAGAGAAAAAAACAAUUCUCAGAGCAGCAGCCCAUCAAGUAUUUUUUGUCGGAAAUUAUGAGAUACUGCGUCAGGAGUUGUCUCUGUUUGAUUGGUUCUCUGCGUUCGGCGCGGUUCCAGUCAGUCCAAUCAAUACGUACAAGAUGUUUGAGAGAAAUGAAUUUGUUCUUCUUUAUCCAGGCGGUGUGCGGGAAGCUCUACAUAGGAAGGGUGAGGCAUACAAAUUGUUUUGGCCAGAUCAACCAGAAUUUGUAAGAAUGGCAGCACGGUUUGGAGUUACCGUCGUACCAUUUGGUUGUGUGGGAGAAGAUGACUUUGUGGAGGUUAGCUUUAUGUGCCUCUGUACAAUAGUUCUGGACUACAAUGAUCAAAAGAACAUACCCUAUCUCAAAGACGCGAUAAAGUCAUUCAAUGAAGAUUUUAAAGGACUAAUAAGGGACACAGUGAAAGGAGAUGAUGGGAAUCAAGUCUUGCAUCUACCCGCUGUUCUCCCAAAGGUACCAGGUCGGCUAUACUUCCUCUUCGGCAAGCCAAUCGAGAUGAAAGGAAUGGACAGUGUGCUGACGGAUAGGAAGAAGGCAAACGAAGUAUAUUCCCAAAUCGAAUCGGAAGUGGAGAAUGUAGUGUCUUACCUCAAGAUGAAGAGAAACGAAGAUCCUUAUCGGAGUAUUACGCGACGCGCCUUUUACCAGGCAACUCAGGGUCCUUCUAUUCAAGUGCCGACUUUUGAGCCGUGAAAGAUUGACUCUAGCCUUAUUUCCUUUAGGCCCAGUUUGAUCAUGACUUUCAUGUAGGAUUGUAAGUUGAGGCAAUUUGAGAAUUAACUAUGAGAUCACUUAUAGACCUUCAAUAUUGAUUUAUUGAAGUGUAGUUACAAG